ACAUCGAUCUCUCACGAUUUCGUGGAUCGAUACGCGGCGCGAAAUAGUCCUACGUCACAGUCGCCAGUCUCGCUAUAUUGGCUAUAUUAUCGCACGAUAGCCGCCUUUCUCCCGUGUAAACAGUAGCGUCGCGUCGUCGCUUUUCGAUACACGCAUCCUCAAUUCCUCAUCUGUACUUGUCCCGUCUCGCGCUUUUUUUCAUUCCUCCUCGGCCUCCCCCCGUCGCGACCUGUGAAUGACGGGAUAGCUCGACCCCGGGGAUCAGCCGAACGGACGAUACGACGAGAGAAUUUACGCUUGGUGUAAUUAAGCUGUUGAAUCAUGGCGCGUACCAAGCAAACGGCUCGUAAGUCAACGGGAGGAAAAGCUCCCCGUAAGCAGCUCGCGACGAAGGCGGCCAGGAAGAGCGCUCCGUCUACCGGUGGCGUAAAGAAGCCGCAUCGUUACAGGCCCGGUACCGUGGCUCUUCGAGAAAUUCGAAGAUAUCAAAAGUCGACUGAGUUGCUGAUCAGGAAGCUGCCGUUCCAGCGGCUGGUUCGUGAAAUCGCGCAGGAUUUCAAGACCGAUCUGCGUUUCCAGAGCGCCGCCAUCGGCGCUCUCCAGGAAGCGUCUGAAGCGUACCUCGUUGGUCUCUUCGAGGACACCAAUCUGUGCGCGAUCCACGCAAAGCGCGUCACGAUCAUGCCUAAAGACAUCCAGCUGGCCCGGCGAAUCCGUGGCGAGCGUGCUUAAGAGACGCUAUGUAACUCGCAUACAUACCGUUCAUUACGACCAUUAUUAUUAUUAUUAUUAAUUAUUAUUAUUAUUAUUAUUAUUAAUUAUCGUUCGCAAUCGUCAUGGAUGAAGCACUUUCAUUCCAAGCUCUAUUAUAUUGUUUUAUUUUUGCAUAGAGAUACGCGCAGUAGUAUUAUCCCUCCGGUGAUCAUCCCCAUUUUCAACCCUUACCAAAAUUCAAUUUAACGCUGGCUAAUUUAUCGAAAGGAUAGUGGCCGCGUUCAAGUUGGCAAAGCAGAUAACCUGUUCGCCAAGCGAACAUAAUUAGUAGAUUCAACCAAUCGCGUUCAUUUCGGCAAGCAAGCCGGCUUGAACACGGCAAGUGAUUAAUUAUUUAUUUCGAGUAUUAAAAGCACUCUUGUUUAGUGCUUUUGACAUUCAAAAUAAAUAAUCAUCACCUUUCGGUAUUAAAUUUCUGUAAGACACGAAUUUCGAUUGUGGACUUGGCAAUGCGCAAGUCAGAGGCACUUUUUAUUUUCUCUUUUCCCCCUUUUCUUCGGAACACGAAGCAGUAAGCACUUUACAUGGCUUUUUGGUUCACACUUACCGGGUGGAUAUUCACGGAUUUAUGCGAUUUAGUUUACGCUCCGACAAUUUCGUUAAAUAAUUUUGGUUAGACACGAUUCGCGUUAACGUUCCUUUUCCCCUCACUAUUUACUUCUUUUUAUCAUUAACGUUACACAUAAUAAAUCAUUAUAUCAUUAUUAGUAUUUGAAGAAAAAAAAAGUGUGCAUUAGAUUAAAACAUCCUCAUAGCGACCCGAUAUAGUGCUUAACGUAUUAGAUCUCUGAUUGUACUCAAAUUACAUAAACCAUUUUGAUCACUUGAACAUUGUGUAAAAAUUUGUGUAAAAAUAAACGCAUUUCGUAAAUAAAUCUAAAUCCGCACGAC